CCAUGUUGCUGUUGGGGAAGAGCUCAAGCUCUUGGCUGAGGAUCGUGAUGCGGCACAUGCUCGCAUGGUGCUUGGUUCUGUCACUGAUGAGGCCUUGCUGCACAGAUAAGACACUUUUUUUGGAGUGUAAUGGAAACUGUAACUGAAGGUGAUAUAAGAUGUUUUAAGCAACAGAGAAAACAGGAAAGAUAAGUUGGAAAAGAAAGAAUCAGGAAGGCAGCUUACUUGAGAUGAAAAACCUUAAAACAUUCAUAGAAAGAAUGCUAAAGAAGCCUCCAAAACUGAAGACCUUAUCCUGUUAAAAAAUUUCAUGACCAAGUGAUGCCCUUGAAGAUGCUGCUAGCAUGACACUCCAAAUCUCCAAUCAUAUAGGUCUUAGCUUGUACUGCAGUUUUGUAACUGGCUUGCAGAUUUUACCUUUAUAUCUGAGCAUUUGAGCCAGUCCAAGAUAAAAAGAAUGCAUUUAUUAGUCUUCAAGAACUACUAAAAAUUGUUCUAUGGGAAAGUAAAAGGUUUAGACAUAAGUGUCUUGCUGCUACUGAGCUAGCAUGGUAAAUGAUACUUACAAGGGAAUGCUAUGCCAGAGACAGAAUCACUGGAAUGGGUCUAAUAUGGAUCAAGAGUUUAUGUUUAUAGGAAAAUUCAGACAGCAUUCAAUGUUUUUAUGAUUCUAAUAAUUCCUAAAGCAUUGGUAAUCAUACAAUCGUGAAUAGCUUUUGGGUCCAGGGUAGAGUCAGAGGAACAAUAAUAAGAACUGUCAUUUCAGGUAAACUAAGUCUGGCAUAAAUGGUCUCUUCACGGGGUUCAUAGAGAGGCCUGUUUCAGGUCUUUUCUUUUGCAAGGUAACACAGGAGAUUGCCGGAAAAAUACAGUCACAUGUUUUGUAGCUGUCUUAACUCCGUAGCCAUUAUCAAUUCAGGGACAAGUAUAAUAGUAUUAUCUACUUUUAUUGAAUCAGAGAUUGUGAUUUUGCAGCUUAUACAGGACGUGGAAGGUACUGCAAAUAGUUCAAUGAACAUGAGGAUUGCACAACUAAAAGAGAAUCAAUGUCAAAUUGCUGUAGAAGAUGUUAUGUACUUGCUGAUUUUUUACAAGUUUUCUGAGAUCAGGGUCCCUUUGGUACCAAAACUUUCUAGUUGCCUUUACAAUGGCAGGCUAGAGAUAUUGCCUUCUAAGGACUGGGAACUAGAGUCUAUUCAUAGCUUGGAAGUUUUGGAUAUGAUAAGGGAACACGUAACUACUGUAACUGGCUUGAAAGCAAAAUCUAGUGUAACUGAGUGUUGGGCAACAACCAAAGUCAGACAAUUCUUACUUGCCCGGGUUUAUGUUGCCUCCAUAUUAUAUGGUUACUUUUUGAAGUCAGUUUCAUUGAGGUACCACCUAGAACGAAAUCUAUCUUUGGCUGACCAUGAUAUUCACCUUGGUCAUAGGACUUCCCUUAUGUGUUCUUACGGAUUCAAAGAUGCCAUCUUUGGCCACUUGAGUAACAUGCCAUCCUUAGGGCAAGGGUUAAUUAGGCCAGAAGAGGAACUUGAGGACUUAAAAUGUUAUGUUAUGAGCUUUCAUCCUGGAUCAUUGCAGAGAUGUGCCAGAUUGAGAUCUAAGGAGGCUGUGAAUUUGGUUGGUAGUUAUAGUUGUGCACUCUUUAACAACAAGGAUUCGGGUUCUUUUGAGAAUGAUGAUGUUAUUUUGACUUCAUUUUCUAGCUUGAAGAGAUUAGUAUUGGAAGCUGUUGCUUUUGGAUCUUUCCUGUGGGAGACAGAAGAUUACAUUGACAAUGUCUAUAAGCUUAAGGAAGACUAAAUAGUGUAAGGGCACUAGUAGCCAAAAAUUUGAGUUGUAAAGCGAAUUCUCCUUGUAUAUAGAGUGAGUUUUGGUUUUAUAUUUUAAAUGUUGGGUUUAAGUGUUGGAGUUAUGUUUAUAUUGUAUAUAUAGUACACGUUUACUCUAUAUAAUGUAAAGCUCUAGUUCUUGGACUUUCUAAGUUGAUAGAUAUUUUGAACAGUACAAAGUUGUUUGGAUCAA